AUGACGCUGACAACGGAUCAGUACCUUGAGAAGAUCGGAAGCUUUGGUCAUUAUCAAAUCUCUCUUCUGAUUUUUCUAAAUGGCUUGAUGUUCUUCUGGUUUGGUUGGCCUGUUAUGAUAGUGGCCUUUAUCACCGCCGAGCCGGCCUGGAAAUGUGUGUCCAACAGCAGUGUCUGUCCGCUAAACGGAACCAUGAGGCCCAGACACGACAAUUACAGCUUCAGAUGUGACAUUCCUCGUGAUCAGUGGGAGUUUGUUGAAGAUUUCACUUCUGUUGUGACUGAGGUAACUAAAGAUGUUAAAAUCCGAGAAUGAGUUUAACUUUCAUGCUUCUGAAUAUCGCCAAGCAGUCGAACUUUUACACAGCAGCCACUGUUGAAACAACAGUAGGUGGCUAUGUACUGUGUAGGUGCGUGUAAAGAUGUCCGUUAUGUAGAAGUAACUGGUGUCAGUAUGAUCAUCCAUAAAAUUGAAUUAAAGAUGAUCUUCAUUGGAAGCUACGUAAAAUCUGAAUUACGAUUGCGCUUUUUCCCACUAUUGUUAGUGUUUGUGGUCGCGUAGUCUUCUUAUACAAGGGAAUAAGAUAUCAAAAGUGUGUUUUCCUGUUUGGGAAAAUGCUACGCUGGCAGUUUUAAUUUACAAAUAUUGGAAAGGUGUUAUCGAAGAAACUAAAACAAAGACAAAAAACAUACAAUAAAUUUUGUCGGUUUUGUCAGAGCAUGUCUUCUCAACGGACCAAUCAGAGCACACAGCCAGGAUCGAACCUGUAACGUCUCUUAUGCGGGGGAAAAAUGUCACUUGUUUUUGGCUAUAAUUCUGACGGGCUGGAAAAGGUCAACGGAUGAUUGUUUUAGCUAAUUACACCGCGCAGUGAUACAAAACAAAAUCAAGUUACCUCCCACCUGGCCGUAGAAACCACUCUGUUUCGAGAAGCUAUCUGAUAGUAGUGCAAUGACUAGAUUUUACAAGUGCACGAAGUAAAGCUUCCUGAGAAGUAAACUUAAAGUUAACUUAUUGCUAGCCCUGUUUUAGGUCAAUUCUUUGCUGACAUCAUUGGUGCCUCUAGCCAUACACGAAAUGAUCCUGUAGAGUCAAAAAGAAUACAUUACAUAAAUUUCACCAGAGAGCACUGUAACCAUAAUCACUUCUAGGUCCAAUGCAUUAAAACUUGGCCUAUUAUCUUCAAGUUUCAAAUCCAUGUCCAUCUUUGCCAUCCGUAUCAACAAACGACAGGAAACGGUUUCCAUGAGCUGAAAUAGGUUUUAAUAGCAAAACCAGACCAUUAUGUUUUUGGGCAUGGCCUUCGAGCGAGUAAGUCGCACUAUUUUUGAGCUCUAGUUCGGUGUAAAUCGCUGUUAAAUUUCUAUUACUAAAACCUUAAGCAAAGCUGAAGAAAACGAAGUCUUUCUUGCUUUUGAAUUCACUACACAUAUUUCUUCUUUUCUUUUUCUUUACUUUUUACUUAUUAUAUAAUGUAAUAUCUCUUUUGUAAUGGAAUUAAUUUGGCACACCUCGACUAGCGUUUUCUUGCUAACUGCGUGCCAAAAAAUUGUACUUGUAAUAUUAUGAUAAUACAUGUCUUGUCUUGUCUUGUCUUGUCUUGUCUAGUUCAAAUGAUUCGAAGAUACGUUUUACCUUUUUAAAAAAAUAGCAAAUGGCCUGACAUCCCUCUAAGCUCUUCCGCUGACAUGUUUGCAUUGUCUCUUUUGAUUGAACAGUUUGACCUGGUAUGUGAGCGGGGCCUGUACGGUACUAUUGGAUCGUCUAUGAUAUUCGUUGGCUUCUUUCUGGGAGGAGUUGCAGUGGGUCCAUUUAGCGACAAGUUUGGCAGGAAAAUCACCAUGUACAUAUCUGGAGCCAUCGUUUCUAUAUUUAGCCUUACAGCAGCUUUCCCGCACGCAUUUUGGCUUUUUGCUUUCUUUCGAUGCCUGAUUGGAUUUGGAAUAGGUUAGUCAAGAAGUGACAGUGGCCUGUUUUGUUAUUAUUAUUAUUAUUAUUAUUAUUAUUAUUAUUAUUAUUAUUAUUUUAUCAGUUUGAAUUAUUUUUAGAUAGUUUUAUUUUUUUAUUAACUUUUUCAUGCCUUUUUAUAAUUGUUAUUAGUAGUUUUUAGAUAGUCAUUUUACGACAAUUCUCUUUCGUACACAAGAAGAAUGUACAUAGGGUAUAUAUUUUAAUAUUCAUAUUCUUGAAUCUGUAAAUAGUCUAUUUUUUUGAAUCUAUGAAUAAAGUUAUUUUAUUUUUUAAAAAUCAUUAUUAUUAUUAUUAUUAUCAUUAUUAUUAUUACUAUUUUUGUCACCAAAUCAAAAGACUACAUACGACGAUGCUCACAACUAAGCACCGUACUGUAGCUAAACAAAAGUAGUCUGUCACUACGAAACACAGUAAUGAAAUAAAUAAACAAUGUGCUAUAUUUUCUUUAACACUCGCCAAUAGUCUCGUAAAAGUUCUAACUUUCUUUUGGCAGGCAAUUGCAUAUGCAGCGUACUCUAGAACUAACUAAGAUCUCUGUAAAAGUGCUCCCGCGUCAUUGAAAUCUUUGAACAAUGUCUACGAUCUGCACUGUAGAAAUUAGCGUAAGAGUUCAAUUCAACCCAAUCAGUUAAGCGUCAGUUGCGCAUGGACUAAUUUUUUGGUGACCAAUCAGAAUCGGAACACGUGUCAGUAUUUCAGCCACUACUUCAUGGAAGAAUAUCAAUACCAAGGAAAGAUUUUUUGGUUGAAAAAAGUCCUGACACGUUUUUUUUUCCCGUCAGGUGGAUAUAGUAUUGCCUCGUAUGUUCUGCUGACAGAGCUCGUGGGAAUUCGCCACCGAAGCACUGCCGGUUGCUCCAUUUGGUAUUCAUUCAACCUAUCCAACAUGGCGCUGGCCGGGCUAGCAUAUCUGGUUAGGGACUGGCGAAAGCUCUCUCUAAUAAUGGGUGCCCCAGCAAUUCCUUUUCUUCUUGGAUGGUUGUAA